GUGCUGCGCAUGACCUUCGGGACGGACACGGUGGUGGCCGAGGGACAGAACGUGUCGGUGAACGGGGCCGCGCUGCCGCGGGAUGGGGUUUGGGAUGGGACCUGCGGUGGCACAGCCGCGGGCACCCCGCAGGUGCUGCGCAUGACCUUCGGGACGGACACGGUGGUGGCCGAGGGACAGAACGUGUCGGUGAACGGGGCCGCGCUGCCGCAGGGGCGCCCCUACCUGCACAAAGGGCUCGGUGUCACCUGGCCAGGUGACUGGGUGGCCGUGGCCAGCAGCCUGGGCGUGCGGGUGGCCUGGGACGGGCACCUGGCGGUGACAGUGACAGCGGAGCCCGAGCUGCGCGGUGCCACCUGGGGGCUCUGUGGCACCUACACCGACGACCCUGCGG